AUGGAUGGUCUGAAUCAAAAGGCUCUUGAAGAUAAAUGGUUUAGCAGUGUGUUAUGCAAAAAAAGAUCAGCAGAAGCAAGACUUCAUCGUAAACGUCAACUUCAAUCCAAGAGAGCAAAGAAAUUGAAUGGACUGCAGAAGGAGAAUGUAGGAAAGACUACCCCAAUUAGUAGUCAUGAUAAUGCUCAUGCAACAAUUCCAUUUUCUACCAUCUCUCAGAACAUUCCAAGUUCCAGCAAUUCGGUUAUAACAAAUUUGCAGAAAACUCAUGCUUCCUCAGUGAUCAGCAGUCUUGCAAAUUCGUUGAAUAAAAAACGUCCAAGAGUGGUUACAUGCAGAAACAUCAAUAUGAGAGGGACGAAUUUAAAGAAUAGAUUUGAUAACGUUGUUGGUGAAUGUGGUUCUACAUCUUCAAAAAACUCUCUAUUACAUACUACUGAAAUCAAUGAACUUUUUGAAGAUGACAACGAAGAGGAUAAUAUGCAUGAUGAUUCGUCAGAGAGUUGGAGUUCAGACGACAGCAUGGUUAUGGACGAAGAUGAAGAAGAUAUGGACAAUCAAGCUGUAAUGGUCAAUGCACUACCAUCAGGAGAUUUUUACGACAUAGGUGAUCCAGUGUUUGAAUGUCCAAAAUGUGGUGCAAACAUGUGGUAUUUAGAAAGGAAGACCAAGUGUCGGCAAACAUUAAGUCCUAAGUUCACAAUGUGUUGCGGGGAUGGUAAAGUUCAAAUUCCUCUGUUGAGAGAACCUCCACCGGUGUUACAGAAACUGCUGUUUGACCAAACAAACCCUGAAUCAAAACUAUUUCAACAACAAAUACGUCUUUUCAACAUGAUGUUUGCAUUUACGUCUCCGGGUGCUAAAAUGGACAACCGUUUUAACAAUGGUAGAGGUCCUCCAAAUUACCGAAUUCAAGGACAAUCAUGUCAUCGUAUAGGUAGCAUGUUACCAUUGCCAGGUCAAAAUCCCCGAUUUGCACAACUCUAUAUAUAUGAUACUGAACAUGAAAUACAGCAUAGAGUAAACGGAUUCAAGACAAAAGACGGAAUAGAUCUUGACAUAGUGAAGAAACUCUCUUCUAUGUUAUAUCAACACAAUGUUCAUGCCCAGAGUUUUAAGAUGGCAAGGGAUAUACUUUCCGAAGGCAAUGUUUCUGACCUAAAGCUCCGUCUUAUUUCCGAGCGACGCACCGAUGGAAGAAUUUAUAAUCAACCAACUGUUUCUGAAGUUGCUGCUCUAAUUGUUGGUGAUGUUGACACUGCUGAGAAGAGGGACAUAAUAAUGCACAAACAGACUGGACAACUUCAAAGAAUAGAUGAAUAUCAUACAUCAUAUUUGGGAUUUCAAUAUCCAUUGCUUUUCCCUUAUGGCGAAGAUGGUUACAUGUCGAACAUUAGACAUCGUAAUCAAGAUUCCAACAAUAGACGUAACUCAGAAUCAAUGACUGGAGUAGCCGACAACGAGGAUGUUCCGUGGGAGCAAGCAAAUAAAAGAAAUAGACUCACAAUUAGAGAGUGGUUUGCAUUUCGUAUUCAAGCCAGAAAGAAUGAGGCCCAAACGGUUAUCAGAUCAAGAAGGUUAUUUCAACAGUUUUUGGUUGAUGGUUAUACAAUGAUGGAAUCUGAGAGACUUCGAUGGUUAAGAAAAAAUCAAUCUAAACUUCGGGUUGGAAAGUAUAACUAUCUAACAGAUAUCAGAACCAAUGGACAUACCGAUGGUGCAAACACAGGGAAAAGAGUUGUCCUUCCAUCGUCCUAUGUUGGUAGUCGCAGAUACAUGGAUCAACUUUACUUUGAUGUAAUGGCAAUAUGUAGUUAUGUUGGAUUUCCCGAUCUAUUCAUAACGUUUACGUGUAAUCCAAACUGGCCAGAAUUGAAACGUGUACUUGCUUCUAAUAAUUUGACACCAGCAGAUCGGCCGGACCUCAUCACAAGAAUAUUUAAGAUGAAAUUCGAUGAGUUACUGUCAGAUUUGACUAAAAAAAGUUGUAUGGGCAAAGUUCUUGCGUAUAUGUACACAAUUGAGUUUCAGAAAAGAGGCCUUCCCCACGCUCAUAUUUUGAUAUUUCUACAUCCAUCCAGCAAAUAUCCAACACCUGCUGAUAUUGACCGUAUUAUAUCUGCCGAAAUUCCGAACAAGGACACCGACGGAGACUUAUAUAACUUGGUAAAAAGUCACAUGAUUCACGGACCAUGCGGAAACGCAAACCGGUCUUUGCAAUGCAUGAAGGAUGGUAAAUGUUCCAAAUACUUUCCUAAAGACUUUCGGGCUGAGACAGUCGUCGAUCAAGAUGGUUAUCCGGUUUACAGAAGAAGGGACAACGGUCACACUGUCAUUAGGAAUGGUAUAGAGGUUGACAAUAGAUUUGUUGUUCCUUACAAUGCAAAAUUGUUGUUGAAGUUCAGAACUCAUAUUAAUAUGGAAUGGUGCAAUUAA